AUGGGCGAACGUUUCGCCCAGCCCUAUUGUCCGCACUUAUUCAGCGCUGGCAAGCAGCACGCCGAGCUCGAGAAGGUACGCAACCCGCCUCAUGGUGGACGCCCGCCUUUCGGCCGUGGCGAUGCCCGCUCCUUUUCUGGCGGUUGCACGAUGCCCCCUCCAGACUACAAGCACAACACUCUCGGCAUGGACGACCUCAGGAAGCUAAGAAUGUCUUUGGUCACACUUCAAGCUCUGGUCCUGGCACUUUCAGACCUUCCUCACGGCAGCGGCCGCAGGAACCUCGGCCCUGGCAGUGGUUUGAACAGAACCAGCGACGACUCUGACAACUCCGCCUAG